AUGACAAGAAAUACCCAGUAUACCCCUCAGGGAACUCGACUCGACCAACGGUCGGUUGACGACUUGAUCAACCAAGAGAGGAAGACAGUCACCGAGAUUCUCCUACCGGAAGCUCCAUCUCGAUCCGUCACCAACGGCCUAGUCAACGCUGAUGGCCUCAAUCCUGCCGAUACUGACGUACUUGCAACAGCCCUCGGAGCGCCUGCCCGCCAGGUGUUGAGGCGAGCAGAAGAGCUCGGCCCCAGAACAGGAUGGAGAGACGGCUACCUGUCAAGUACUCAUGGCUUCUGUCCACCCGAUCCGUCCGCCGCGCCGGUGGCGCUUGCCAUGUCGGCUGGCAGAGUAUGGUCUGACCUCUGCGAGAGAAUGCCUGCUGUCGUCGCCCGCGGAAAAAUGAGAGAAAGCAUCUUGGCCAUACCCCUGGUUUACGGCACAGAAGACGUCAUCCCCGAUACUGCGCUCUGGGCUGCUACAGUCUGUCUCGGUAUACUAGCCAGCGUUUGGAGGUACGAAGAAGUCAACGACGGCCACGAGGGCAUCAGCGUCACGGCCCCGCCUGGCACAUUCCGGAACAUCUCAGGUGAAGCAGAUGACGAGGAGCAGGAGACUAAAGGAAUUCCACGCAAUAUUGCCAUACCGCUUCGACAAAUAUGCACCCGAAUGGGACGAGUGCUUCCUCACUUGACACAAUACGACGUCUCCGUGUACAACUAUAAAUUACGAGAUCCGACCAGCAUUCACCCCUACGUCGCCCGUUGCGAGAAUAUGGACCUUCGGUGGCCAGUCUUCAAUGACCGUGGUGAAGCUAUGUUUCUUCUAUGCAUGGCGGAGACUCAUGGCUGCUUCGUUGAUGGCGUCGAGGUCAUUGCCAGGUGCCAGGAGCAAGUCAUGCUCAGGAAAAAGGAUGGCCUCCUUCGCGAGCUAAUCAAUAUGAAGAGGAUAGUGGACCAGUUCGUCCACGUUUUCCAGAAGAUCUCUGUCAACAACAAUGCCGGAGAAAAUUUUGCGAACCCUGUGGAAUGGGGCCAGCGGUACGCCAAGUUCAGCGCUCCCCUGUCACCACGAGUUCCUGCGCUCUCUGGACUUGCCCUGCCGGUCUUCCUCCUGAUGGAUGCUUUUAUGGGAAGAACGAAAUAUGAUACCUUCCUUGGGAAGGAAGCUCUCCAUCUACGAGCCUGGUUGCCAAUGAAUAUCAGGGCGUUUAUCGCUGCUGUUGAAUACCACUAUCAGGUUGCCACUUUCGUCAAGGAGUCCAAUGACCCACGGCUUAUGGGUGUUUGGGAAGGCUUGGUAGAGUCGUAUCUCGGCGAGCGUGGCUGGAUGGGUACGCAUCGAUAUAAGGUGUAUGGCUUUCUGGAAGUCGUUGCAAAGACUGGUCGAAGCGAGACCAACGGCAAUGCUGGCUCAUCGGACAACGCUGGACGGCCUUGGGAAGAAGUCCACAAAACUCUCUCGGAAUCGAUGCGAGAGCGUAUGGAGCCAUUCAGGGGCAAAGUGACGCUGCAGCCUCAUCAACUCAGAGGCUCGUUUGAUGAGUGCAGAUUCAAAGCCAGAAUCUUGUCGCGUUCCUACGUUGAUUCUGAUCCCUCUCGUUCGACCGGGAUGGUCACAUUCGGCCUCGAAGACAGUGGAAUCACAUGCCAACCCGGCGAUCGACUUGCCUUUAUGCCGCUGAACAGUUGGUCGGAAGUCAACAAGAUUAGUGCAGCUCUCGGCCUGGAUGACCUUAUGCAAACGCCUGUUCCACUUUCACAAUCUCCAGAGUGGUCAAGGUUUGCCCGACACAUUAAAGCCAUUUCCAGGUCUGCCGCUGAGCCUUUCUUGACAGUCCAGGACAUACUUCGACGUGGCAAGAUUGCCCCACUCAGCAAAGAUAUUGUCAUGAUGUUCCAUAUGACUUUGCGAGCGUCCUCCUCGACAGUACUCAGAGUCCUGGGAUCUGAGAUGUGGCCCGUACAGGGUACCCUGGGCGACUUGCUUCAAUUGGCUGUCGCAGAAGCAAGUCCCACCAUUUGGGAUCAGGCUUUUGAUCUCUCAGACCUAUCUUGGUUACCUAGACUCAUUCCAGUGGAGACACCGCGAACGUACAGCAUCUCCAACUUCUCGAAUGAGAUGCUGCCUGGCACAAUCGAUCUCACUGUCGCUCGCAACGAGUACAAACUGGCCUCAGUGUUGGAUGCCGGCCAGGAUUCCACCGUCCGCUACGGCGUCAGUAGUGGUUGUCUCAAUCCAGAUCCUUGUGUGGCCGAUGACAUGAGCGAUGAGGAGCAGUAUCUGAUAGGGAUAUCGCGUCCGCUCAACUUCCAACUUCCUGUCACAAUGACUGGACCUGUCGCUAUGUUCGCUGGUGGAUCCGGGAUCGCGCCAUUCCGAUCCUUCUGGCAAGCUCGGGUUCAGUCUAGCGUAGGGAGGAAUCUUCUGUUUCUGGGUGUCCAGUCACGCCAGAAAUUCUCGUAUGAGAACGAACUCAGAGGCUAUGUUCAAAAUGGCGCUCUUGAACUGCACACUGCGUUCUCGAGAGACACAAAUGGCUUGGUGUUUGACCCCGCAAGUCGUGAUCUUCUGGAAAAGCCAAUGAACCCAAGAUACCUUGAUGCACUUAUCAUCGAGCAAGGGAAGACUGUAUGUGACAUGGUCAUUUCGAAGAGUCAAGGUGGACUUGGUGGCCAUCUGUACAUUUGCGGCUCCUUGGCCAUGUACGACACCAUUAUGGAUGGUAUCCGCCAGGCGAUCUAUCACAACUGGACCUCGACGAAGGAAUCUGCUGACACACUUCUGGCAAAGGCUUUCGCGGAAAGACGUUUUAUGCUGGAUAUAUUCAUGUCACCCAAGCCUGUCAGCUACUCGAUGCCACAAAUCCCGCUUUCGAAGCUAUCUUUGAACACCGGUCACCGACCUGGCUCCCGGAUGUGGAUCGGUGUACAUGGGUCCGUCUACGACAUCACGGAUUUCUUACCGAUGCACCCUGGAGGUACACUGAUUGCGCAAGCCAGCGCCGGGCUAGACGCCUCGAAAACGUUCGAUGAUCUAGCGCACACCAGCAACCCAGAAGUGAUGAGUCUACUCUCCAAGUACUUUGUCGGGCACCUCGCACCGAAGCCUGCCUUCCGAUCAAGUGAGAUAGGCACUCUGUACGAUCUAUGGCACAAGUAUCUGCGCAACUGUGUGGAGAGCCUGACGACCCUCUUCUUUGAGGUCAACAACAUCAUGAGCAGUGCCGAGACAUGGUUUCAAGGUGGGCUUCUCAAUAUGGCUGGAGUCAGGAAGCUUUACCAAUUCCAGUCGCGCUUGAUGCAGAAUGGGUUCUCGACACUGUUUGGAACUAAGCUGCAAGAGCUACACCUUAAACUCACAUUUGCCCUCGUCAACUCUGGAGCGCCCGACACACGAGUUCCCGACGUCAUUGGCAUGAUCACGAGAGCGCAGGCUUCAUCUUUGUCGGCUACUGCAUCGAACGAGAUUGCUCAGAUUGGCGAAUUCGUAUGCAACAGUAAUAAUGCCCGUUUUCACGAGGCUGGUGUACUUCGAUACGCGCAAGCGGUUACCGAACUAGACGUGCAGUUUCUGGAAGAAAUUCGAGAAGAUCUGUGCCAAGGCAUGGACAGUUUCGACGUUGUAGAGUCGAUGGACUCACCCAAUGACAAGCAUCGACUGGUGGCUUUGAGCGGAUAUCUCCUCUCGGUCUUGGAGAGAGUUGCGCAGCGUCUGGAGACUUUCUACUCCCGGCUGUCUAGAGAAUCCAUAUACCAACCGGGAAUUGAGAAGAAUCCAGCAAGAACCCGAUGGAACAUGCUUAAGAGAAAGAUACGCGAUGGUUCACUCUUCAUUCUUGCUCGGAACACGGAGUUCAGCAGAUCUACCACGGCAUCGAAACCCUUCCGAGCCGCAAGACAUACAGACCAGGACAUUAUGUUUUCACAGGUGGUUUCGCAAGCGCAGCAAGCAGUCGACACAACGAAGCCUUCGGCCAGCCCCCAGCCGAUUGCAAAUGCCGCGCCGCAGCGGUUAGCUGACGCGCAUACUGCACGGGCUAUUCAAAGCACAAAAGCGCCAUCGUCUUUUGAAGUCCACGAGUCCAUCAAUGCGCUCAAGUCGAUGUCGACUUUUAUGCAGUCCAAUGUGCAAGCCAUUAAGCGCCUGAGCCAACUUCCCUCAGAUCUGAGCUUCGAACACAUCAUGGCUGCGUACGGUCGAGGCUUCGAUGUCUCCAGCUUUUUCAUCGCGCUCGAGCUCUCGAACCAGGGAUCCCUCGAUCGGGCAGCGGUCCCAGCUGAUACGGCGUCGACCUACGAAUGGUUCCAUGACAAGUGCGACGGGGUUGCCAUCAAAUCCUAG